UGGCCUCCCGCAAGAAUUCCUCCCGCGUCUGCCCCUCUGUCCGUGGGUCAGUGUGUCUGCAGAGCCAGCUGGAGGCCCUGGGCUCUGUGCACUGUAUGGGACACUACAUCAGACCAAUGGCGGCGGCAGCGACCUUGUCCGGCCUGGCGGUGCGAGUGCCGCGGUGUGCAGUGGCCUGCGGCUACUACCGCGCCUUCUGCAAGCCGCUCACACGCACGCUGCUCAUCUUCUUCAACCUGGCCUGGCGGCUGCGCAUGAACUUUCCCUAUUUCUACGUCGUGGCCUCCGUGAUUCUCAACGUCCGCCUGCAGGUACAUAUUUAGAUUAACUAACUUUGUGGCAGACUCGAGCUCCCUGCAGGAUGACUGACUUCCACCCACCAGCUCACCCUCCCUAGAGCAAAGCCACCAACUGGACUAGCACAUGCAGACUUUGCGGGUCUGUGUUUCCAGUGACUCAUCUUUUAAUAUAAAUGGGCGGCUAGAAAUCAUGAUUUACUGUGAAAGCCUUCAAUAUAACCAAAAAAGCAAAGCCUAAGAUAUAACGAAAAG